AUGGGGGUGCGUAUCAUCACUGACAAAGGCGAGGAGCACUACGCUAUCAAGCUAGUAUUCAAAACCAUAAAAAACGAGGCAAAGUAUGAGGCACUCUUCCUCGGCAUGACUAUAGCAAAGUCCCUAGGUGCAAAGGAAGUGGAGUUCAAAGCGAAUUCCCAGGUAGUAGUUAACCAGGUGAGGGGCGAAUUCGUGGAAAAUGGCAAAAAAUUGAAAAAGCACCUGGCAUUGAUACAGGGUGAACACACUCACUUUCAAUACUUCCAGAUACAACAAAUCCCAACGAUUGAGAACAACAAGGCAGAUAGGUUGGUGAAGACAGCAUCCAGGCAGGAAGCCGCACCAAUGUCGGAAUCAGCCGUCCACAAGACUAUCGAAGUGCCAGUUGUUGGGGUCGAGCUGCUAGAAGUAGGAUCGGGUGCACGCAAGUGGGUGCAAGAUAUCUUACGAUAUUUGAAUGACAAUAAAUUUCCCGGCAGUAAAGAGGGACCGAGGAAGAAAGAUAAGGCAGGAGCACAGGGCCCUCCCAGACGAUUUCAAAACUCCUCAGAAUUAGAGGAGUCCACCUCGAAAGAGGUCGGGGUCGCCAUUGGCGCCACCGAUGCAGCUAAGAAUGCGCUAGGAAUCAGAUCCACUCCUAUUCAAGCUCCCACCUCUAGUGCCGCAAGGUUGGGGGUCAAGAAUUUGAGGUCUAGUGAAGACAAGUCACCUCCAGGAUUUGACAGCAAGUAA